GCGUCUUUCCCUAUGCGAACGCUAGAUGAGGCACUCCCCGACUGAUCACACUGCGAGCUUGCUCGACCCCUGAUGACGGCCUAUUGCAGUGCAGCCAUCUGAUCCGACGGCCAAGGCGCUAACCCCCGUCAUCUGGGCAUCCACCGCGGACCGCCAUGGCCUCCAACUCAGUAGUCGCUCGCUGGCUCCAGGACCAAACGCACAAAACCCCAGCUCACCCCGAUACACUGCACCCAGCCGAUGAAUUCCCCCUUGCAACCUUCUCUAACCCUCCAUCUUCGUCAUCUGGCUCCGACAUUGGCAGCGGCGACUUCCUGCAUCUGCGCGACUCUCGCGCACACAUCGCUAAGUUGAUCCACCCACCAACUCUUAGCAUGGAUGGGCACCCCCCAACAAACCACGCCCGUCGACGCAGCUCUUCCCUCGCCGGCGUCCCGGGACUCCCAAAGAAGAAGGACUCGAAGAAACACAGGAGAGCGCGCUCCGAGCACAUUCUCGAGGCAGACGAGGACAAGUCGGAGUCGGACAACGAGCACUCGGAUUCGUCGGUGAAGACUGAGAGCACUGAUCUCGAGCUCGACGACAUGCGGUCUGAAGACGGCCUAGAAGACGACGAGGAGACAGGCCUCACUGGGCGAGACCGACGGCAGCGGCGGCGGAGAAAGAGGAGGAACACCCGGUUGGACCAGCGUGUGGCGGAGGACGUCCGGUUUACCAAAGACGAGGAGAAGCUGGCAAACCAGAGCUUAAUCCGCUCCAUGCUCAUAAAUGCCCUUUUGAUUUCGCUAUGGUACCUAUUUUCCAUCUCAAUAUCAGUCUACAACAAAUGGAUGUUCAAAGAGGAGAAGGAGGAUGGGGAAACAAAGAACAUCUUCCCCUUCCCGCUAUUUACGACCUGCCUGCAUAUGAUUGUCCAGUUCUCGCUCGCUUCCCUGGUGCUAUUCUUGAUACCCUCGUUCCGACCUCGACACGAUUCCCUCAAUCCCCAUGUCCCAGGUGCCCCCCCACCGGAGCCAAUAGAUUCUAAGAAGCCUCUUAUGACACGGUGGUUUUACUUGAGCCGCAUUGGUCCCUGUGGAGUUGCCACCGGUAUGGAUAUAGGGCUGGGCAACACCAGCUUGAAGUUCAUCUCCUUGACCUUUUUUACUAUGUGUAAAUCAUCCGCGUUAGGGUUUGUCCUACUCUUCGCCUUUCUUUUCCGCCUUGAACAGCCAUCUUGGAGACUUGUUUUUAUCAUCUGCGUAAUGACCAUUGGCGUGGUAAUGAUGGUGGCCGGCGAGGCUGCUUUUCAUGCUCUUGGAUUUAUUCUGGUCAUGGCUUCAGCCUGCUCCUCUGGAUUUCGAUGGUCUUUAACACAAAUCCUCCUCCUCCGCAACCCUGCUACGGCGAAUCCAUUCUCGUCUAUAUUUUUCCUGGCGCCGGUCAUGUUCCUCUCCUUAUUCGUUUUAGCUGUCCCGGUGGAAGGAUUCUCUGCUCUUGCUAAAGGACUAUCGACCCUUUUUGAAAGCAAAGGCACCCUAUUGGGAAUUGGCAUUCUGCUUUUCCCGGGUUGCUUGGCGUUCCUCAUGACUUCGUCGGAAUUCGCUCUGCUGAAGCGAACUAGCGUUGUCACGCUAAGUAUCUGCGGCAUUUUCAAAGAGGUGGUAACGAUUACAACCGCGAAUCUCGUCUUCAACGACCCCCUCACGCCCAUCAAUCUGACUGGUCUUGUGGUUACUAUCUGCAGCAUCGCUGCCUAUAAUUAUAUGAAGAUCAAGAAGAUGCGGGAUGAUGCACGGAUGGAGGUGCACAUUUCAGCGCAGGAAGAAUACACUCCAGUCCUGACUACGGAUCCUGACCACGUCAACGCAACGGGCUCAACUACAAGAAGCCUCAUCAGAAACAGUCUGACUCUGGUCCCCGGGUUGUCUGCAGAAAGGCCAGCAGUAGACAGUCCUUCGCGAGCAUCUCCGAUCAAAAGGCCUGAGGAUUUAGAGUAGACUUAGCAUAUAAUCACUUCUGUAUUGUGCGCGCACAUAUUGGGUGGGGCCACGGGCUCUUUUGCAUUUAUGUAGCAUUACCAGGCGUUUUGAAUUUUGGAUGAGAGUUUUGCACAUAAAUAUACAUGAGACUGGCAGAAGCUUUGGACUAGGAAUACUAUGCAGUCAACGGUAAUAGUUGACACUACACCAUUUGAC